AUGGCUUCUUCGAACAAAGACAAUUCAAUGGAAUACGAUAAAAACAUAUAUAAAAAACCUGAAAAACCAAAAAAUUACUUAGCUGGACGUGUUAAUAAAUUUCAAGAAAAAGUAAAUCAAACACAAGCACCACCACCAUUACAGAUAAAUUCCAUCCAUACUCAACAGGAACUUGAUCGUCGUGCACUGGAGGAAAUUAAAUAUAUUCAUAAAUUAAUUAAAGAUAAUGGACAACAAGGUGAUUAUGCAAUACAGAUUAAAUUUGGUGAAUUAAUACCGAUAUUUGGAGCUGCUCAAGUCAAUAAGUUAGUAGAAGUCUUAGCAGUUGCACGUAAAAAUGGUUAUGUUAAUUAUACACCGAAUGAUUUACAACAAGAUCGUGAUGAAGAUAUUUAUAUCAAAUUGAUUAAAACACCAUUUUGA